AUGGCAUCCAGGUGGGUUUCGCACUGGCUGAUUCUGGUUCCUCCUGAGGACGAUCGACUUGGAACGAGCCGGGCCUUCGUUGACCAUGCAGAGGCAGUUCGAACAAUCCGGGAUACCGUCGGCUUCUCCAAAGCCACCAUCAAGUUCACCGCCAAAGGACAUAGACUUGAAAUUGCCGUCGACCCGAGGACUGGAAAAUGGGGUUGCCCUCGGAUUGGAACGAUCAAGGUCUCCACCAUGGAGCCCAAACAACAGAAAGAAAUGACAUGGGCCAGAGCUGGAGAGAUAACUUGGGUCCGCCAUGGACCCUCACGAAGGGAUCGGAUGGAACAGCUUGUGGAUGUCAUCAAGGAUGCCAUUAUCAUGGGAACAUUUGAGUUUGCAAAUGUCAAACCAUGUGUUGCGCCAUUCCUGGCCAAGGCGCUGUGCCAAACCCAGCUCACAGUUCUCAAGAUCACCCGAUCCACCGUCUUUUCCGAGGAAGUGGCAAAAAUGCUGGCACAUCUUCUAUUAAAUUGCAAAACACUGGAACGGUUGGAGCUUUCGUCAUGCAACUUUUCAAAUGCAUCUCCCGAGUCAGUCCUGCUGGUUGCUGAUGCCUUGAAGAGGAGCAGGCUGCAGUCGUUUAGAUUUGGGACUCAUAGCUGCUAUCGGGGUAGCCUUGCCCUUGCCUUGCUGCUGGGCAAAGGGUUGGUGGGUCACAAAACACUCAAGAGUUUAUGCUUUUCUGGGCAUACAUUUCAUACUGUGGAUGCUGUGGCUGUUCAAGCACUCCUCUCUGCUGACAAUUGCAUGGUGAAGAAGUUGUACAUCGAUGGUUGCUUCGACGUGGGGCCAGAAAGCACUGGUGGGGCUGUUAGCAUAGUGGAUGCGGUGGCUGCUGCUUUGACUGUCAACCAGACAGUCAUGCUUCUUGAUUUGUCUGAUACCAAAGUGGUAUCUGACAAACAGAUGGAGGCAUUGGCUGGUGUGCUGUCCAAAAACACGGUUCUUGAUGAACUCUACAUGGAAAACAGUGGAAUCUCGGAAGUAGGAAUCAUUGCGUUUGCGUUGGUGCUCCCCAAAAUGACGCGGCUAAGAAAACUGGACUUGAAGCGGAACGGGUGUGGGCAGAAGGCAUGUGAUGCCCUUCGAAGCAGUUUGGAGAAAGGGAACUUUGGCCUUCAUGUGCUGGAAUUCGAGAAACAAGACUUCCGGGCCGCCUCUGUCUGUUGCACCCCACCAAGUUAUUUCUAUGGCUGUGAUGAACAUUGCCGCCUGGCUAUCGAGUGCCAAUUGGCACUGAACGGGGGUGGAAGGGCCCUCCUUGGUAAGCAAGAUGGUGGCAAGAAAAAUGUCCCUUCUUCGCUUUGGCCUCACGUUUUUGAGAGGGCACAAACCGUGGGCACAUUUUCCAAUGAUAUUGUGUUCAACCUUUUGAGGGCACAGGCAGUCGCCUUUGGCCCUGGCAAAGUUUGA